AUGAGUUUCCUGUCCUUUGAAGAACCUUUAGGAAUCAGUCUGGCUUCAGCUGCUGUUUCCUUUCCCUUCAUGACAAUCAGUGUGCUUGGAAUUUUCCUUAAGCGUAGAGAUACCCCCAUUGCCAAGGCCAAUAACCGGGACCUCACUUACACUCUCCUUAUUGCCCUCUUACUGUGCUUUCUCUCUUCCUUGUUAUUCCUUGGUCAGCCAGGGAAAGUAACCUGCCUUUUCCGGCAACCAGCAUUCAGCAUCAUCUUCUCCGUUGCUGUUUCAUGCGUGUUAGCUAAAACUAUUAUGGUGGUUGUAGCUUUCAUGGCUACUAAACCAGGUUCUUCAAUGAGAAAAUGGGUGGGAAAAAGAUUGGCUCUUUCCAUUGUCUUUUCUUCUUCUUUUCUUCAAGCAGUUCUUUGCAUUAUAUGGUUGGCAACAUCUCCUCCCUAUUCUGAGUUAAAUAUGCAGUACCUGAUGGAAAAUAUGAUUCUGCAAUGCAAUGAAGGUUCCAUCUUCAUGUUCUAUUGUGUGCUGGGCUAUCUGGGCUUCUUGGCCAUCGCCAGAUUUAUUGAGGCUUUUCUUGCCCGUAAUUUACCUGAUAGCUUUAAUGAAGCCAAGUUCAUCACUUUCAGCAUGUUGGCUUUCUGCAGUGUGUGGAUCUCUUUUGUUCCAGUGUAUCUGAGUACCAGAGGAAAAGCCAUGGUAGCUGUGGAGAUCUUCUCCAUCUUAUCCUCCAGUGCUCGAUUAUUGGCAUAG